AUGACGGGCUCUAGGAAGAAUUUGUUCCUGGCUGCUUUCAUGUCAGUGCUGCUGUUCCACGUCUGCAGCAGGACAGAAGCAAGUGCCUUCGAUUGCUGCCUUCAAUAUACAGAACAAGUCAUUUCUAGCAGAUUUAUCAAGGGCUUCGAACAGCAGCUGGCCAACGAUGCUUGUGACAUCAAUGCAAUCAUCCUUUACACAAAGAGAGGGUUGGCUGUGUGUGCAGAUCCAAAGAAGAAAUGGGUGAAACAUAUUGUGCACAUCCUCAGCCAAAGAGUCAGGAAGAUGUAA